CAGUAGAAGUGGCUUCCUGCUGGGGGAAAUGAUCAAAAAAAAAUCAGACAAGCCCUUCAUGGAGGCAUGAAUUAUGCACUCUGACUCUCACAGGUCCUUGCACACUGAGCAGAGUCUCCUGUCAUAGGCAGAUGCAAGGGACAACACAAGCACUGCAACGACAGCUGGAGCGGUUAGAGCUCAGCAGUGUGAACAGCUAAAUGUUCAAACCUUCAAAUGUCUUUCACAUGGGAAAGCCAUAGAAAUCAUGUUUAUGAACCUGACAAAUGGAAGCUGCCACAUUCCACUGGAGACAGAUCGGGUUGGACUCACCUACAUCUACAGCCUGGCCUUCUCUCUGGGUCUGCCAGCAAAUCUGCUUUCACUGUGGGGACUUUACCAGCUGGGCCGCUCAAGCGGAGGUGGCACUCAGCUGGUUUAUAUCCUCAAUCUCCUGCUGUCAGAUCUUCUUCAGUUGCUCACCUUGCCUCUGUGGAUCCUCUACCUCCAGAGAGAUCAUCGGUGGCCCUAUGGUUCCAUCGCCUGUCAGUUGGUGGGCUAUGUCUUCUACGUGAACGUCUAUGCAAGCAUUGCCUUUCUGUGUCUCAUAGCACUGGACCGCUGUCUGGCCAUUGUAUACCCAUUAAGCAGCCGUCGUGUGAGGAAGGUACGGCUGUCUGCGUUCUCUGGAGUGGUCGUCUGGACGCUUGUAUUCCUGUUCUGUCUAAUUGGUCUCUACCCAUCUGUAUUUGAGCCCCAGAAGGGCUUGUGUCUAGAGCAGUAUCCUGUCACUCCAAGAUACGCUUACUUUAAAAUAGCCACGGUGGUACUGGGUUUCCUGAUGCCAUGCUCUAUACUUGGCUGCACUUCUGCCAGAAUCGGGGUAACACUCCGCAACUCCCCUUCCAUCUCUGAUCACGAGCGCAACAAAAUAGUGGGCACCCUAACGGUCAUCACCAUCAUCUUCAUCGUGGUCUUCGGCCCCUAUCACAUGGUGGGCGGUUAUAGAUUCGUAGCACUGCUUCUAACUGAAGACCAGUGUACGUUGGAACGCUCUAUCUACCUGUACUACAGGAUCUGCUAUGGACUAACCAGUCUAAAUACACUGUUAGAUCCUCUCUUCUAUAUUUUCCUUUGUCAGAAUGCUCGUCUUGAGCUCCGGAGAUCUCUCCCCUGCCUGCCAUUCCCACACAGGUCUGAGGGUUCGUGACUUUUGACCCAGAAGAUGUGUAGCUGCCAGGGGCAGACUGGUUUCAUUAUGUGAAAAAAAAAAGCCUGCAGGGGUUUUUUUUAUGAAAAAAGAUGCUUAAAAGGCUUAUCAGGUAUUUUUGAUUGAUGACCUGUCAGAUCUCUAACUGCAGCUGUUGUGUCACUGGGUCUGCUGGUAUGAGACACAAACGAAUACUAUGUGCCGUGCUGCGAUGUGAAUUCCUGUGACGGCAACACCUUCAGCCAAGCAUGCAGGCUCUGAAACCAAAUAAAAAGCUUCACGUUA